UGCUGAAACCAGCAUCUACAACUGUGGUUAUUUCUUCCUGAGUUUGAUCCUUACAGGAACAGUUCAGGUGAGAGAGGUUUCUUCAGUAUUUUUCUGCUCUGUUGGUUGAUUUUGGAAUGAAGAAAGAUACUUGGGCAACAGUUGGGUGGACCAACUCUGCAACAAAGUCUAACGCUAGAGACAUCAGAGUUGGCAGGUUAAAUAAUGUCACAGUAAUGAUAUAAAUUAGGGUGUAGGGAUCAUGGAGAGUAGUAAUAAAUAAUAAACCUACCACAUAGUUAUGGGGAAAGCCUCUGAUGUUAGCGACUAUGAAGUACUUCUCUGACUGUACAGAAUACCCAAGUAAUCCGAGCCCUUGAUUAAUGAGUACAUGACAAGAUUUAAUUUGUGGGCCUGGACUUUUUGUAGGUUGGGUGGAGUUAAAACCUCCAGGGAAAAAGGUGAGUAAGAGGAACACACGGUGUUCUUUUGGGCUGUUGCAAGUCUGAUGCUGGCUAAACUGACUUCUCUUGAUCCAUUCGCAGUAUCUGCCAGGCCUUUCUACUGUGCAGUUUAUCUUCAGCACAUGAGUGAAAAUUUCAGCUUCAAGUGAGGAGCAAAACCAAAAUUGUAGCUGCUUUCUUUUUCUCCCUGUUGUGUCAAUUCUAAAGUGUUUUAUUGAUUGAUACUAAGGAAGAUGAAUGGCUCAGAAGCAAGAAUUGGUUCAAAGCACUCAAAGAUUCUGGGGGACGCUACAGGUCACUUCCUGGCUGGAUCCUUUAUACUUAUCCUAGGUCUUUGGUGGAGUACAAAGAGUAUUUUGAAGUAUAUUUGUAAACAGCAAAAAAGGUCUUCCUCCCUUAUUACCCCCAAAUUUUUCUCUCGAGCAGAAAUUUUGGAGGGAAUUGUGAUUAGUGUCAUGGCAUUAAUAGGGAUAAUUGGUCUAUUUUCUCGGUUUGGAAAAAUAAAAACGUUACCACCUGAACAUAUACAGUUGGCCAAAAUCCUGCACUGGCAACAUGUCACCAUGUACACAGUCCUUAUAAUGCUGGGUGUGACCAAGGUCUUAUGUUUCACCAUUAGUUCGCUGCCAAUGUCUUUGAUCAAGUUAAUGGCAUCAAAUGCCUUCUUUGUGGAAGCUUUCAUCUUCUACAACCAUCCUCGUAGCAAUGCAUUAUUGGACAAGUUUUUGCACCAUCAACUGAACUUGGGUGCGUUUUUGACUGGUCUCGCAGCCUUUAUAGAAUUCCUCCUCACAAAGAACAAUGUAGUUCUGGAGCUUCUGACGUCAAGUUUCGCCAUGCUACAGGGGGCUUGUUUCUUGCAGAUUGGUUUUGUCCUGUAUCCCACAAACAUAGAACAUGCAUGGGACCUGAAUGAUCCUAACAACUCUAUGAUUUUUUCCACACUCUUUGGUGCUUAUUAUGCAUCGAUCUAUGUCAUCAUUGGAGUUAAUUAUGCUCUUGUUAGCUGGUUCAUUAAGUUGAAACUAAGCAAGCCCUGCCCCUCAGAAAUUCAAUCUCUGAAAAAUUAUGAACAGCACGAAGACUCAGAAGACGAUAUGUGAUUUUUGUGUCCAGUUUCUUCAGUUCUCCAAGAGAAAAAGUUGACCAAGAUAUUUCUAUUUUUUUCUCCAUCUUUAUUAAAUUGGGUAUUUAGUAUUUAAAUUUCUUUUUUUUUCCUUUUCUCCAUCUUUAUUAAAUUGGGUAUUUCGUAUUUAAAUUUCUUUUUUUCCUUUUCUCCAUCUUUAUUAAAUUGGUUAUUUCUUAUUUACA